AUGUUCGGAUUGAGCAAAUUGACCGUUUGGGUUUUUACAGGUUUGGUAGCCACGGCGACCAUCUUCUUCAACUCUUACAUCUUUCUCGUGAGUCUGUGGCGCCAAAAAGACAAAAAGCAGAGGAGCCCCAGUGAUAUCAUCAUCAUAGCUCUGUCGGUGUCCAACACGAUUUAUCAGCUGGUGUCCUACAUCUGGAUGACCAUGGAUAUUAUAGAUGUUCGGUGCCGCAUUGACCAGAUGUUCUACACCAUUCUGUUGCUGGUCAUCAUGGGUUUGAAGUUCACCAUCUUAUGGGACACCAGCUUCCUUGCUUUCUACUACAGCACCAAACUGGUCACCGCGCCAAAUCGCUGCUACACGCAGAUCCACACCGCCAUCCUCAAACACGUGACUCUGGCAGUUUUUGUCAUCGCUCUGACAGGCCUGGCCACCUGCAUCCCGGUGCUCAUCGUGUUCCACCCCAACAACCAAACCGCCGUGAAUAAGGAUUGUGGGAUUUUACUGCCCGAUUCCACAGCUGGACAAAUUUACAACAUCGUCUUUUUGAUCCUCUCGGAUGUCCUGCCGGGGCUGAUCAUGCUGAAGUGCUGCGUCUCCAUCUCCUUCCAUCUGGGCAUGCAUCUCCACCACAUGAAAGCCAGCACCAACGGCGCGCACCCCCCAAAGCUUGGCAGUCAGAUGCGGGUGAUCCAGAUGGCUCUGACUCUGGUCAUCAACUUCCUCAUCUUUCUCAUCGCCGAUCUGUACGUGAACUACCAGAUCGUUGUGAACCACGACAGCUCAGUCGGGGUCACAAUUCUGGUCAUGUCAGCUUUUGCCGCCGUUACAGCCACAGUGCUCAUCUACGGGAAGAAGACACUUUGGAAAGCUCUGAUCCAUGAGAUUAACAGCUGUCUGGAUGAGUAUCCAUGUUUGUCCUUCCUAAAAUUGCCCGAAAAAAAGGCAGCGCCCCAAACUCCUGAAAAAAACAGGUGAAAAGUUCUUUGAUUUUCUGCUGAGGGUCUUUCUUCUGCAAUCAGCCGGUUGAAAGCUAUUCAAAAAUGUGAAUAAGUUUUCCCUUAAUCUUUCCUGUAAAAAAAAUAAUAAAUCGUGAUGUUCUCUUGAAGAAUCACUUUAGUUGCUGGAGCUGUGAGGCAUUCAGGCUGAGAGCUUGCUGGGGCAGAAAAGGUAGAUGCUCAGAGCAGCGAGGUGACUGGCGUGUAAUGCAAAUCACAGCCGUAUCAAACUGCACCUGAUGAAUAUUAAUAUUUCAGCAGAACAAAUAAUAGACAGGCCCACAAAAUGUAUCUCCAAGCAUGGCUGCCUGGACAUGAUGUAAGUCAGUGCCCAUCUAAAAUGCUAAAAAAUACAUGCGACUGCAGCGAGAGCGCGGGGUUUAUUAAUAAAACAAGACGCCACACGCAACCUGACUUCUUCUUUUCUCUCAUGACUGAGCGGAUGAGGCUUUUCUUCAGCCAGGUCUGACACGGCUGAACUGAGGGACCACAUUGACUCGCCUGGAGUUGGGACAGCGCCAAACACUUGUACUUUUUGAGCAACCUCAGUAGAGGACGGCGUUCCUGCACUGCACACCUCAAAGGGUCGUUGAGCGGCCGUCCAACGGUGCAUGUCAUCGUGAAACUGGGCAUCCCUAUAGAAAGCUCUUUUCUGA